UCUCUCUCUCUCUCUCUCUCUCUUCUUCUUCUUCUUCUUCUUCUUCUUCUUUCCACUUUUAUCAACAUCAAACUUUUGAAAUCCAUGGCAUUAUAGCACACAUAGGCGGCGGAUGAACCCUGGGUGGAAACCACGCUGCAUCCAUUUCACAUAUGUCUCUAUGGUCAAUCAUAUCUAAUGACGGUGCUAAUGUCUUUGAAGCUCCAGAGAGCCAGUUUUGGGUGUUGCUUUGGCUGCAGCCUCUCCGCAGAAAACUUGAUCACAAGGCGUCUGUGUGCAGAUGCGUGUUUGAGCCACGAUUGAAUCUUCCCACUGCUCUCUCCAUCUAUCCCAGUUUCUACUCCUGGUCAAUGCAUAGCUUGGCAUUGUUCUUUCUCCCUUGGUGAUAGUCAUGGCCCCAGAACCUCGCUCUAGCGAAACUGCUCGACAAGGUCGGGAAUAUCGCUCGACGGGCUCUACCAAGCAGGUCCGUUUCCCCACGAGGCGCAGGAGAGUUCGGGGCCAGAGCAAUGGGAUCCAGAAGCGAGAGGUUUCGUCAUUGAAGCGAGAGAGCUCGUCACUGAAGCAGCAGACGUUGACACAAAUGAGCUUCGUCUCUUCGUUUGGUGAAGAUGCAACCUUGAUGGAUGACAAUGCCUCAGAUGAAGACGGGACAGCCUAUGACAAGAGUGGCUUGACCGUUCCACAAAGGGAAUCUAAAUCUCGGUUGACAACAGAGCCGCAAGAGUUGACGACAAGAGAAGAUACAGUCAUUAUCCAAGAUUCUUGUGGUUCAACUUACGACAGCUCUGGCGAUGAUGAUGAUGAUGAUGCGUCAGCCGGGGUCAACAUCUCUCCCCCACGAUGGCCUGAAGAUGUACGGGAGGCUGCUACGGCGCCUCCUCGAUCUGUGUCAUGGGCCGAUUCGCUGAAUAUAGUGAGAGAUUCCCCACGGCGCCGUGCGCACCUGCGUAGAAAUCUGGAGGAAUUAAGAAGUACCCAGAGCUCUCAAGAAGAGGGCACAGCGUUAUCAGCACAUGUCCAUUUUGCAGCUACGGAGGCCGAUGACCGAGAAAUUCCAGACUCGGACGAAGACGAUGAGGAGCUGCAGCUGAGAGAUUUUAAUAGACUAAUACACCAAGAAACGCUCUACGCUGGCCACGAGACUCAGCUUAUCUUGGAGGAACUGGCUUCUUUGGAGCACCCGGAACUAACCCCUGGGAAUUCGUCGGCCAGAAGACAGCUGAUGGCAUCUCAGAAUUCGCUUGCCUUCACACCAUCUAAUGGAACUACGAAUAAUAAAAAUGACUUCUCGAUGGAAGAUACCCAAACCCAGCAUACCGCUAUACCACAAACCCCUGCCUUCUCAUUACCGUCAUCGCCAUCAUCACCAAAGACGCAAGUUGGCUCCGAUGAUCAAACCAAUCCCAGCCAAGGGCAAAAAUUCCACACUCCAGCGCAUACAGAACUACCUAGUCAGGGUCAGAUCUUUGAGUCUCAGCGCGUACCACUUCAUAUUCUCCAGUCCCUCGCUCCGGUAUCUGCGCGUACGGAUAUCCUCCUUCCCACACCUUCCGAAGUCCUUGACCUCAUAAUUAGCGGCUCGGAGUCAUUUCUUCAUCUUGCUUAUCGAGUGCCCGAACAAGUCCAGCGGUUCUGGCUGUUCAGCCUUGGUAUAUUACGCUACAUGGCCUGCAUACAGCCUGGCAGGCCACGCGGCCAUGGCUGGGACUACCGCAUUGACCAAGUCUAUCAGCUCAAUAACGCAUUAGAAGAACGUGAUAUGCAAGAGGAAGGGUGGGUAAACGGCACUGUCCAACGAUACAUUUACCUUCCUCCAGCUAUAGCGGGUCAACUUCUGUGGAAUCUAAGAUGCGCCACUUUUGACGACGGUGAAUUACAAAGAGCGAGCGGAGAUGAUGGAAGGGACGAUAUUAGCCAAGUAUCAGAUUACCGAUCAUCCAGCCGCAAGGACACACGUAGUUCUGCUGCCACUCUGCAGUCAGCCGAAACCGAUACUUACAUCAACGAUCAUGAUGCUGGUCAGCCAAGCAGCUUAAUCUUCCAGGACCAUGGGAGCUCUGCAGCUACUCUCCCAGCCAGUGCUGUCCUUGGCUCAUCUCCGCUUUUGACCAAGAGCCAAAUGCUCUCCGACAGUUUGAUUAGCGAUAAACUUUAAUGCCUUUAGAGCGUUGAAAUAAAACCAGAAUGACCAGAAAGCUAGGCCUGCGCUAUUAUCUCUGCUUGAAUUACCAAACUUUCCAACAUGUAUACCCUUUCUUAAUUAUCGAUAGCGUCUUGAAAGCCUUUCCGUAUAAGCAACUAUAAUACAUACAAACUAGCAUGAAAGCUAUAAUAUGAGGAUUUGGUAGCGACAAUGCUAACUAAUUCUACGCUCUCGUGAGACCAUGGAGGGUUCCUAAGUGUAAUGGCCGCUCUAGCAUUCAUCCAGUGGUGAACUCUACUGUCCUACAAUUCAACAGCUCUAUCCAUGCCUCUUCGUAUAAGGGAGGGUAACACGCUGAGGAUGCC